AUGCAAUUUACGGUUGACGGUUUUGAAGAAUACUUGAAUCGGUCAGACUCCAAUGUUCUUCAGUCGCCAACCAGUGUAGCAAAGCUGCCUCCAAAUACGGCAGUUAGAACAACUCGAAGGAAGACAUCAGUAAAAGCUGAACCUCAGCCAUCAUCAUCACAGUUGGUGAACCGUUCUUGUCGUUUGGCGAGCAAGAAGUCUCUUGACGGAGAAAUGGACCAAGAAAAUGUUGCUCAAGAAGCUAAGACCAACAAUGUCAAGUUUGAAGCUAAUGUGGCUAAAACUCCUGCAGCACAGAGCACAAGGAAAGAUCCAGGAGAAACUUCUUGUAGCAGCAAAGUUUUGGAAAGUAAGAAGGGUGAAUUGGUUCAGUCGGCGUACAACACAAGGAGAUCAGCCAGGCUGCUAGAGAAAUGUAUGGCUGACCUGAGUUUGAAGAUUACAGAAACUUUGGGUAAACAUGAGAAGAUUGAAGAAACAGAACAAAAAAAUCAAUCUCAGUUUCCAAGACCAGACAAAUCAGCAUCAAAGAAAUCGGCUAUGAAGGUGGACAAUGUCGGUACUACGAACAAGGAGAACAGCAUGGAAAUGAAUAUUGUUAACGAUAGUGAUAAUGGAGAGAGCAACGAUGAGACAAAGAAGAAGAAAAAGGUGGAGACUGAUGAAGAGAACUUGGGAGAUGUUAGCAUGAGGCAACUCGUGAAGAUGGUGAAGGAACUUUCUAUAAAGAGCAGUAACAACAGAGCUGCGUUGCUGAUACUGCCUGGUAAUAAUCAGAUUGCAGAGUAG